ACUACAUUUAAUUGUGCGCAUGUGUGCGUUGUACUUCAGUACAAGUAGUAUUGACGUUGACAAUUUGCAAAUAGGAAUCUAACGACAUUUGGGGGUGUUUCCCAAGAUUAUCACAUUUCAAAACGUUAUUGAGUAGACAAUAUGGAUGCAUUUGGUGACAACUUCGUCAUUGAACCAGAAGUAGAUCCUGUGGCAGAAUUUGUAGCAAGAGAACAGGAUCAAUUAGCAGGAUUAGAAGAUGAAAUUCCUCCAGUAUCCAUGGCUGCUCCUGCAACAGCACCAAAUAUAGAUGUUGGUCCGGGUGGUGAUGCUGAAGGUAGUUUUGAGAUAAUAGAUGCAGUUGGACAGCCAACUGAUACACAAGCACCACCAACAACAGAAAGUACACCCAAACCUCCUCCUGUUAAAGAAGAGCCUGAAAAAAUAAAAAAAUGGAGAGAGGAACAGAAAGCUAGACUGGAGGAAAAAGAUGCAGAAGAAGAGAAAAAGAAAGAAGAAUGGAGGGAAGCAGCAAGAAAGGAACUAGAGGAAUGGUAUAAACACCAUGCAGAAGCCAUCAGUAAAACAAAAGCUACAAACAGGGAAUCAGCCAAAAACGCAGAAAAACAAUUUGUAGCGGAAGCUGAUGAAGUGGAACCAGGGACCGAAUGGGAGCGCAUCGCAAAACUUUGCGACUUUAACCCCAAAUCUUCUCGGGCUUCUAAAGAUGUUUCUCGAAUGCGGUCAAUUAUUUUACAAUUGAAACAAACUCCACCAGCUCCUGUCAGUCUUUGAUUAAAUUAAUUUGGUAUGAAUCAUAGAUAUAUAUAUAUAUAUAUACAUACAUACAUAUACAUAUAUAUAAUAUCAAACAUAUUAAAUGAAAGAACAGUAAACACAAAUUACAAUAUAAUUUGAAAAAAGGAUCAUAAAUGAUCUGCCAAGCAAAAAUAUGUAAUGUUACUGUGAAUAAAAGUUAUUAAUGACAAGUAUCUCUAUAAAUACCAAAUUUAAAAAAUAAA